ACUCCAAUUACGUGCAGAGUGGCGUUUUUUGCGCGCGCGCAAUUUUCCACGCUCAUCGAAUUCUGCGGAGCGUUUUACCGCUUUUUCCCGCUCGCCGACGCGAUCCCGCUCGAGGCCGGUCUGGAUUGGACUAGAUACGCUGCGGACUACAGUUAGACACGGACUAUAGUCCACGCGCUCCGUUUAGUCAGUCGAGUUGCAACUUUCGAGGCAGCGAGCCGUGGGUGCAGUUAUUUCUUGUGCUGUAUCAUGGCAACUGGAUCACGCGGCCGGCUGUUGCGUCUCCGAUGACGAUCUCGCGAAACGUCGAUUGUGCGAGUAGUGCGAUCGCUGGACGGGACGCUUAAUCACGCGAUGAUGCGCGAUCGAGUGCGAAAGCGUGGCUAGUACCGUGGCGAGACCUCGUGGUGGCGACGCAACGGCACGACCUCCGUCGCGACGUGAAAGAAUUGAUCGGGCACUCGUCCGGGCUGAUAUCGAAAAAGCUACAACAGGCGAGGUUGCACGGAAACCUGCACAGUCGAAAACUCGAGAGACGAGCACGCAAAGCGCGCCAAACGCGCGAAUUCGUCACAUAACGGCGGCGUAUCUAUGCGCGGAUUAAAAUAGCGGCGCGAUUACGCAAAGCGUCGGAGGUUGACGAAGCAGUGACGAGGCUUCGGCGUUUCGUCGAGGCGUUUUUUUGAUUAUCACCCCGCGAUUGACACGCGCGAAAAACCUUAUCGGUCACGUUAAUGUCUGAUUACUGGUUAAUUACUGAUUAAUUACCUGUGCUGAACCGCGCACAAUAUGACGCUGCAAUUUAUCAAUGUAAUCGCCGGUGCUUGCAGGCUCACGUACCGCGAAAGCCGUGACCCCAAAUCGCCGGCACGGAACCUACCGCAUUCGUGACGCAACGUCUGGGAAUAAGUGUCAGCGCGAUGGUUUACUCGUGUUAGCGAAACCGACGCUUAAUCGAUCACGAGCAGCCACGGUCGAUGGUGAUGAAUUCAACGUCAUCCUCGUGACAGAUGAACACAAGAACACAUGUGCGAUUUGCUCGACAUAUAUAUUUACGAGGGACCAGUUCGACGCAGGCGCGACUUCUCAAGCCGCUUCAUUUUAGAAACCUUGAUCCUCGCAUCCUUGUGACACACAAUUGUGAAAUCCUUUCUGAGGGUGCGUUAUCGUGCUGCUAAAAUGCGAAAUACACGACCAACGUGACACGAUGCAUAAUACGUGCGGAUCACACGCAUACACGUGUUUGAUCGCGUAAAUGAGCAUGAAUAUUCGCCAUGAAACUAUUAUUAAUUAAUCAUUAUGUAACGCAAGAUACCGUGUCAAGUUAACGGAACUUUCUCUCGAUCUUCGACGAGCUUUGCCAGGAACUAACCGUGCAUAAAUGCGAAUUAGACGUCCGGCGUCAAAAAUAUACGAAAUAUACGAACGUGUUAUAAGCAAUGUGUUAUAAGGAGGAAAUCCGCAGAACGCUUUUCUAGAGUUGUGCUCCGCUGAAGACUCGACAAUGAAGACUCGGCGAUAUAUUUCAAUCAAGAGAACUUACUCGGUUAAAUAUAAAAAACGAUACCUGCACGUUGGCAAAUAGAAAUACGGGAGCAUCAGAUGAUUGUCGAGUCGGUUGGCUCGUCUCGCACCUUAUUCACGGUACGAUGUACGCUACAAUUUAAAGUCAAAUUACUCUCUGAGAAAGGAUCAUUGAAUCGCCGCUACCAGCCGGGAGUAAUCGUUACGGAAUGCCGUGAUUGCACGUAAGAUCAAGUACCGAGAACGAGACGAGGUUGCCUUUCGUGUAACGUGCCUUGUCCCGACGUAACAUUGAAUAAUUCUCCAUUCCAAGUCUCCCCGAGAUGGUAGCGGGCAACUAAAUCAAAGUUAUUAAACGGAGAAGUUUUUCUCCCGCGACUUGCCUUCCCAUCUGCAUGAAGACCGCUGCAAAAACCCUCGCUGCGAGUGCGCUCGUGAUAUUUCUCCGGACGGCAUCGUCCGGAGAGAAGUCUCUUCCGUGAUCCAAGCCAGUUUUUCAGCGAUCCUUCUCGUUACGGCUACCCGGAGAUUACUCGCGCAAGACUCUCUCCUGCUCGUUUAGCCAUGAUAAUCGCGAACGCGUGUGCGCACACGCACAAAUAAAUUUGCAUCGAAUGGAAUAAACCGGUGGAAAAAGACGGAGAUUCGACAAAUUACGUUAAGGUAUCUCGGACCGUUGCGGCGGAACGCGACUCAGAAACCCGUGUUUCGACGGAUUUAUAGGUACGGUAAUACACCGUGUCGAGUGCUCGACGAUAAUGCGCAGCGCUGUAGCCGGCACGGCGACAUCAGCGAUUAACGUGAUCGCAAGAAAUGCGAACGGCAUUUCUUCUUCCGGAAGGUACUCGUAAGACCAUGAGCAAGAGAUCGUGCUGCUUCGUCGGCGUGACCGUGACGUCGAUCUUGACAGUCUGCCUCCUGGCGUUUUACGGCAACUUCGACAUCCAGGACACGUUCCUCAAGCUGCACAUGAACUACUUGGAGGACGUGGGUUUCAUGGGGGAUGGCAACGUACCCAGUACGGCCAGCCAAAGAUUCGUCCGGGCGAGAGAUUACCAGGAGGCGGGCAUAAAAACCGUUCUGCUGUGGAACACGCUGUUUGGCGACAGGAACUUCUACUUCGGCGAGGGCGACGUAUUCCGCGACUGUCCAAUUAACAAGUGCAAGGUCUUUAAUUACCGAGACUACUUGAAUGUGGAAGACUACGACGCGAUUCUCUUCCACGGUAACGAACUUAGCGGAUAUAAAAUGCCGGAGAGGAGGAGGACGAGGCAGCUUUACGUGUAUGUUAACUUGGAGAGUCCGGCCAACCGGGCGGUGCCUGACAAGUACGACGAGAACUACUUCAAUCUUACGAUGACGUACCGGCUCGACAGCGACGUGCCGUGGACCUAUGGCAUCAUCGAGGAUACGAAAACCGGCAAAUUCGUCGCGCCAUCAAGGGACGCUGAUUGGAGCGCCUUUUGGAACGGCACAAGUGCAGAGGAACCGGUAGACGAGCUGCCGUCUGCGAUAUUGGACGUCGUCAGGGGUAAGAGCAAGCUGGUAACUUGGUUUGUAAGCAAUUGCAAGGCCAAAAGUGGCCGGCUAGAGUACGUGAAGGAGCUGUCGAAGCACAUAGGCGUCGACAUCUACGGCAGGUGCGGCGCAUUUAGCUGCAGCAGGAGCCAGGACUGCUUCAGCGACGUGGUGGAGCCCAACUACUUUUUCUACCUGUCCUUCGAGAAUUCCUUCUGCGACGAUUACGUGACGGAGAAGCUGAUGAACCCGCUCGGGUAUAACGUCGUCCCGGUGGUUUACGGAGGCGCCAACUACACUCAGUUCGCACCGCCGAAUUCCUACGUGAAUGCCUUGGACUUCGAGAGCCCGAAGGAGCUUGCCGCGUACUUGAAAUAUCUCUCGCAAGAUCUGAGGCGGUAUCAAAGCUUCCUACAAUGGAAGAAAUACUAUCGGGUCAACCACGGAACGAAUCGGGCCGCUUGUACUCUUUGCGAGGUGCUGCAUAAGCGGAAAGAGCCGGCGGUGUAUUCGACCCUGUCAGCUUGGUACACGAAAGACAAAUGUCCGAUACAAACGCUCCUAAGUAACGCCAAUGAUAGAUACGCGACGAGAAUUACGUUAGGAAAUUACGCGUGAAAUCUUAUUUCGAAACUGGAGCGCGAAUCAAUAGCAUGUAUAUCGAACGAAACAUCGAAACGAACGUCGCGCGGAGUAUCUCAGGAUCGAUUAAGGUGAAAUGUCAAUUAUGCUAUAUAAUUAGAAGUAUAAUUAAAUCCUUCUGAUCCACUGCGUGCCUGGAAAUCGCACACGUAUGCACUACGUAUGUUAAAAGCGACCUCCGUUACCAAUUACUCGAUUCGCUAUAUCGAUUGUAGAAUUUACCUUAUCAAGGGCAAUUUAACUUUAACGUGAUCAUAUCGAUCAUAAGAUCAAAUUGAAUACGCGACUUCACGAAAACGUAACAUGUACGACUGGACUGGAUUAUUUUAAUUUCCCUUCAUGAGCGUCGUGUCGUCUAAUUAUUUGCGCAUUGCUAAGAUCACAACGAAGCGAGCGAUCAUGUUAACUUCGAUGUCUGAUGUAUGCAUCGAUGAUGGAUCAUUAGGUCGAGAGUCUGUAGUGGCUCGAUGUACAUAUUCGCUACUCGCUUGAUUAGUUGAGAUCAAAGCGGCCAAGCUCCAUCACAUCCUAACGCUAUGCCGAGAGUUUGAGAGAGGCGCAGGUGUGUGAUUUACUGAUCGCUUGAUGCCCGUGAAGGAAAAUAGCUUUAAAAGAUUGCGUGCACGUUAUUGAAUUUAAACAAUGUUUCGUGGUACACGGCGAGCACAAUGAUGCGCAUAUUUGCAUAAAAGACUGACAUUAACAUUGUAUUUUAUCGAUAAAUUACCGAGAAGAUGUUUGUUAGAAGGUAGAAAAAUAUUUUCGUGAUACUUUUGAUAAUGUUAUUUUUAAAUCUCUCCCCGAUGUGAACAACAAAUAUAAAUAACAAUUGUGGAAUGCAAUCUCUGUUUUAAUGCACAAAUAUAAGAUAAAAUUAACUUGCCAGCGUUAUUUAAUUUAAUUUAAUAAUCCAUCUUCAUGCAUUUCAUGUUGAAAAAAUACAAAUAUAUUUAUUACGUAUUACUGGAAUAACAGAUAUUAAAUAAUAAUAAGCCGUUGUGUUCAUAUACUUGCAUACAGAAAUGAAACCAAAUACGUACCUUGAUUAACGAUCGGUUAUUUACUUAGUAAUAAGACCUAGACCUAGAAUAAUUUCAAAUAUUUCAUUCCUUUUUAUUUUUGUAUUUUACACUUCAAUUCUCUACCUCAAAAGCUGAUGACCCAAGAGUUAAAAACUAAACCUUAUAUUAAUAUGGAGAAUAUUUUCUUUUAAUUAAUCAAAGUUAGGAAUUUUGCUCAUUAAUUUUAAUUGUAAGAUACAGAAAAUAAGUAUUAUGUAAAAAUAGUUUCCUUUAAGUUUCAUGCAGUUAUAACGCACAAAAGUUAUUUAUUUUGUAAACAAUAUCUAUAAUUAAAGGAAUUAAUUUAUAGGAUAUUAGAAUUACAAAUCAUAAAGAAUGAUUAUGAUGUUUGUAAUGCAAACAAUGCAAAAGUAUAUAUAAAUAAAAUGAGAAAAUCAUGCAUAUUA